GGCGCUAACGGUCGGUGGGACGCGCGCGAUGUUUUGAAUGCGUCAGAAUGGAGCGGAGCCGGGCGCCGAGUAUUCGCCUCAGAGAGGCCGCCGCCGCCGCCGCCGCAAUUGUUGUUGAUGGCGGCGGCGGCCUGGAGUCGCUGCAGAAAGCAGUCGAGUACUUUAGUACCGUAAAGGAGCGAAAUCCAUCAAAGGGAAAUCUUUAUCUGGACACAAUUGAAGGCGUUGCUUUUGAGAAGGGCUUGCUACCAGAUGUGAUUGAGGCACUUCUGGACGUGGCUAUGAGCGCCAGACUAGUUGACAGGCUUAAUACGCGAAUGUUGAAAUGCCUUAUUCCUGCCUCGGUAGUUCCCGAAAAUGCAGUGACAAAAGCCAUCUCCUGGAUGUGUACAAGGAAACCUAGCAUGAAUAUUCAGCUGCUGUUUAUCAAAUGGUUGUUAGCUGUGUUUGAUCUAUUGAACUCAAAGAAACAUUUACAUUCAUUGUAUGGCAUAAUUUUCUUCUACCUUCAAAAUGACAAGCUGUGCCCCUAUAUAUGUCAUCUGUUGUAUCUGCUGACGAGAAAGGAAAAUGUUAAACGAUUCAGAGUUAAGAAGCUAAUAGAAUUACAGUCCAAAAUGGGAAUGCAGACCCACUUAAUGGCCCUUCUCUUGUUGUACAAGAUCCAUGCACCUGAAUAUGUUUCUUUGACACUAUCUGGAAAACCCAAAAAUUUUCAAGCAUCAACUUCACCCUGGAAGAAAAUAAUUGAAAGAGUUCAAAAUAAUGGAUACAGACAGUUGGCCAAAACUCAAAGUUUGGUAAAUUUCAUAGAGCCUCCGAUGCGGAAAAGGAAGAGAAAAAUGCAUCGAGAUAUUAUCCCAUUUAUCAGCAGUGCUGCACAUAUGACUGAGUUGCCUCGUUCCGUAAUUCACAGCAAAACCUUUCCUCUGGAGCAAUUAACCACAUUCUCUCAACUACUGCAGAACUUUGACUGGAUUGAGUUUCCUGCACAGAUGGGUUCAGUGCUGAGGUCUCCCUUGUUACUUCAUUAUAUUAAUUGGGUAAAAGAUGAUUCAGCAUUUCUCCGUCUGGAUUUCUGGCUCGCUCAAACUCUUCAGGAGGAGUUUACAGAUUGCAAAGGGGACAACCUGCAAAAAGAAGAGGAAUUCAAGGAGUUUUUAAAUAUCAUCAUAAGAACUCAGGAAUUUCUACUAGAAGGUUUCUCCUGCUGUGAGGAGUUUUUGAUCAAGAGCUUAUCUCUUUGGGAUAGUUCUUGGUGUAGCACACAAAUCCUUGCCUUGCUCACCUGGAUUCCACCGAGUUCUGAUGUCAUUGCCCUUUAUUUUGACCCUUUAAUGAAACUGUUCUUCACUUCCUCGGUUUAUUUCAAGUGCAGUGUCAUUGAGAGCAUCACCAAUCUACUGGUAAAUUGGCUGACCUGGCACUCUGUGUACAUCACUGAGAUGGAUAAACAGAUUCCCAGUGAUUUAGAGAGUCCACAGAAACCCUCUCUUUCCGGAUUCAUGAAUUCUGUUUUUGAACUUGUGGAAUUUUGUGCAAGAAUGUUUACAAUGGCACUACAGAUGGAAGCUUACAACAGUCUGCUAAUCCAUUUCAUUCUCAACUUCUAUGAGACGGUUUCAGAUAUGUAUUUGAAAUAUAGUCUACCCAUGGUAAUUAUGCCACCUGAUGGUAUCUUCUAUCCGGCGCUGUUGAGUUUGGAAUCAGUGAGUUUAAAUCAGCUGUGCUAUAUUAUGCACAGAUAUCGUGCAAAUCUGGUAGCUUUGAAGUCUUUGGAUCCAAACAAAAAUGUGUACCCUGACUUGAAGGUGAGCAGAAAAAUAUUUCAACAGUUCAAUGCAUUUGUAAGAGUUGCAGUCAGCUGUUUAUGGACAUCUGGAAACUUUGUGCAAGAUAUUCGCUUGAUGAGUAUUGGGAUUGAGGACCAUCUGUUGGAGCAAACAAAAAUCCCAGAUUCCAAGAGCAGCUUUACUGUUGUUAAUCAUCCAGCACUCAUGGGACAUGCCAUUAAUUUUAUCCAGAAGGGUUGGCCGAAUGGAAGGAAGCGAUUACAUGCAAUACAGGGAAAGGUGUGGAACUGGUACAUGAAGUAUCUAUACAACCAAGGACUUAAUGGACUUAAAUACUUCCUUGAAGGCAGCACCCACCUAUCGUCCAGCUCAGGACAUUGAACUACAGGCAUUGCAUGGCAAAGAUUUGCAAAUUGAGAGAUAUUUUGGCAUUUCAUUACACUUUGCUGUACAUACUGGCUAUUCAGUGACUUAACAAAUAAUCAUACGUGCAAUGAGUUUAGGCAUCAUAAUAAGCGGAAAUGUGAUAUUGGAGUGAAAUAUUUGGUCCAUAUGUUAAUCUAAACACAACAGCCUUGCAUGUCUGCUGUUAAGAAAGUCUAUGUAUGCAGGGGUUAUUAUAGGAGCUAAAAUGCACAGUGUUGCAUUGAAUUGUAAACUGUGAUGAUCCAUCAUUAUUAAGAGGGAUGGCACCAUCAAAGACAUAGCAACAUAAUGCCUAGGGUGUGAAAUAUUGUGUAAUUUUGAAAAUAUGUAUUUUGUCAAAGUAUAUAUUUAUAGCUGGAACGAUGCAUGUGAGAAAUAGUAGAGACUGGUAGAAAGUGUUGAGUGAAUGAAAAUUCUACUGGAUAAGAUAAUUAUUCUGAGAGGACAUUAACUUUCUGGCAUAUUGUGGUCACAAAUAAUUGAGCCACAGACUCACAAGUAGAUAGCUUUGGAUUUAUAUUCUUUAUCUGUUAGCAUUGCCCUUUUUUUCCUUGAGGUGCAUGAACCGUUGAAAGAGUUUUCUGAAAUGCCACUGUGCCAAAUAAUACAAUGGAAUACAAUUGAAAAGAGCACAAUUUUACAGCACCUGCCUCAGGAGAAUCAUCAGCGAGCCUGCUGAGAAUAUUAUUAAAUGUUUGGGGGGGAAGAAAUUAUGAGUAAAAUGAUUUUUUGGUUUUCUCCCCAAUUGUGGUUACAAUGCUUAUUUUUUUUUUAUUGGUAACAAAUAACUUAAAGUGUCUUCUAAAUAAUAAGUUUUAUACUUGCGCAGGGAAUAUCAGUUCUAAAAUAAUUUUUCUUUCAAAAAUGUCAUAUUCAAUGGAAAUUUGUUUCUAAGAAUUAAAGAAGUCUGAAACCGA